GUUUUCAUCACAACAUCAAAGACCCUAGAGUCGAUCCCUAGACACCACCAUCAUGAUAGCCACGGCUACUGCUCCAUCAUGUCCCUUGGGCAGCGCCAUCCCGGCCAUGGUCCCCCACGCCAUCUCGGUCUCGCUGCCGACCUGGCAAGACGUGAUCGGUUACGAGGAAGGCGAGAAACGGGUCGUCGAGACCAUGCAGACGGGGUACCCCAGGUUCUUCGUGCAUCGUAGCAUCCAAAAGCUCGCAGGAAUCUGUCUCCAGAAAUUCGGUCUUCCAGACGAACUCUGCACCCUCCUCCCCACACCCAAAGUCGCUCAAGCAGCUCGGUCUUUCCUCCUGUCUCGUGAACCUCCAGCUCCAUCCCGGAUCGUCGAGUUCGUCAUCUGCCCAUCUACCGCCUCUCUAGUUCAGCCGGGCGAAGAAGACGCCGUCGGUGGCGUAGACUGCAUCGAGCUUCAGAUCUUGCUCUACAACAAACAAUUCCAGCCGGUGGCUAAGCAGUUCUGGCAACAUUCGGGAGAUGGGAUCUCGUCAAGGACGGCAGAGAGGGGAUUGGCUUUCCUUGGUGAAGGACCUGCUGGACCGCUCGGACCCCCUGCACCGGUAGAAAAGGAGGUCCUUGAGAACACCAACAACGGUAGUGCGGACGAUCCGAGCGUCUCCCCAACGUCCAGUUCGGCCAUCUUGCCUGGUACGGGGAAACAAUCGUACUCGAGGAACCGACAUUAUUCUCGGAGCAAGAGCGCCUUGCCGUUGGCCUUGUCAAGACCGGCUUCGACGAGCGGGACGACCAGGACGGGGACGACAUCCUUGACCCCGUCGACGCCUAUCACUCCCGGAGUCGCCCCCAACAGCGCCAGCUCUACAACCGGUUCUGCCCGUCGACCGAAUGCGAAGGACGACGACCUCGCUGAGGACCUGGACGAUCUGUCGUUGGACCACUCUACAUUUUUGGAAGAACGAUACGGCCGAAACCUCCCUCUGGCAUCUUCGAAGCUGGCCAAGCUCGCUCUCCGUCGUCGAAUCGCGGGUACCCUCUUGCCUCACGAAAAGCCCGCCAAGAGCGGUGCGGGAGCUUUGAACGAAGUGCCCCGUGGUUCCGGGAUGAGCGAUGGAAAGGUGAUCGAUUCGGGAAACAAGGUGGACGAGGACGAUGUCUAUCUGUACCCGACGGGGAUGAGCGCGAUUUGGCAUGCUCAUCAGUUGGCCAUGGCGUGGAAGGAGAGGAAAGAUGGGGCACCGGGAAAGAGCGUCUGUUUCGGAUUCCCUUACACGGACACGCUCAAGAUCUUGCAGAAAUGGGGUCCUGGGUGUCAUUUCUUCGGACACGGGACUACGCCCGAUCUGCACGCCCUGUCUGACCUUUUGGACAACAUUCGGGCUUCCAAAGGUACCCCAGAGGAACAACACCCGAUCACGGCCUUGUUCUGCGAGUUCCCUUCGAACCCGCUGCUCAGGUCGGCUGAUCUGAAAGAGUUGAGGAGGUUGGCGGACGAGCACGAGUUUGUGAUCGUCGUGGAUGAGACCGUGGGGAACUUUGUCAAUGUCGAGGUGGCCAGUUGGACGGACAUCGUGGUUAGCAGUUUGACCAAGGUGUUCAGCGGGGAGACCAAUGUCAUGGGUGGAAGCCUGGUGUUGACGCCGCAUUCCAAGUUUUACGCCGACCUCAAGUCUACCCAGGAGGACAGGUACGAGGACCACUAUUUCCCCGAAGACGCCAUCUACAUGGAACGAAAUUCGAGAGACUUCCGUCAUCGAAUCUCGAUAAUCAACGACAACGCUUACGACCUGACCGAGUUGCUCGUCAGCAAGUCCCAGAUGGACGCUACCAGUUCGUCGAAUAGCGUACUCAAACGGGUGUAUUACCCUCGAUAUGUUACCCCGGAAAACUAUGGAAUCGCCCAGCGACUCCCCACCACCGGCAAGGGUGGUUACGGGGGUCUGUUUUCCCUGACGUUUACCACUCAGGAGGCCUCCAAGGCGUUCUUCGACGCGCUCGAAUGCCACAAGGGACCGAGUUUGGGUACCAACUUUACUCUGGCCUGCCCGUACACCCUUUUGGCGCACUACCUCGAGCUCGAUUGGGCCAACGAUUUCGGCGUGGAAUCAGGUCUCGUCAGGGUGAGCGUCGGGUUGGAGGAGAUCGAGGGGCUCAAGGCGGCCUUUUUGCGAGCGUUGGACGCUGCGCAAAAGACGGUCAAGGCCGACUAGAUGCGGGUUGGAUUUUCGGGCAUAACAGGGGGGAUGAGACGAAAGCCCAAGGGCUAAGGGAUCGAUACAUAUACAUACAAGACGAAAAGCAGCAAGUUGUAUUCAACAUUCCUUUUGUAAGACUAGCAUAUCCAUCCAACAUGGAACGUAUAGAGAACGAUG